GCAUUUUGCGUAAUCUGGUUCGGAGUUCAGGGAUUGUGGCUCGUCCUGCUCGACCGGCACAUCCAAAUAGUCGUCCAAUCNCAUCCACUGUGGAACAAUUAGUUGUGAGUAGUAGUUCGUCUGCCACAACCACGAAAAACACCGAUACCGUUGUUCGGGAGGCAGAAACUACCUCAGAAACUCCAGAUUCUCAUUCCGUCGGUGUCACCGGUGAUUCACCUCUUCCGCGGUCGAUGACUGCUGAACAGGAACCGACUGACGCUUUACUGGCCGAUUUGGCCCGUGUGGCUUCUAGUGCUGCCGCCUCCACCGCCACUCAAUCUGGUAUACCCGGUCAGAUCAAUGGAACACGUGCUACCGGUGGUUUUUUCGUCAAUCCUCAGAAUGCAAACCCCGAUCCAGACUGGAACUCCAGCACCAGCACCAACACCACCACUGGCACAACCACUGUCCCGGUCGAUUCCAGUCCGCUAACGCGCAACAAAUUUUACGCCACUUUUUCAAAGGUACGUGUAAUUUGGUUGAUGAGCACACACUUCAUUCCUUUGUUUUUACGCGCGAAAUCACUUGACAUGUGUCAAUGCCUUACUUCUAAUCUACCCAUGCGAAAACUACAACUUGUCUAG